AUGGGUAAGGCACUUAAGAAUGAGAAUUCAUUGUCUUACAUUCUUCUUUCCCUAGAUUCUCCUGUACUCACAUCAGCUUCACUUCGAGAGAGCGAUAAAAAGCCCAAGGAAGGCAUCAAGACUGAGAACAAUGAUCAUGUUAAUUUGAAGAUGGCGGGUCAGGAUGGUUCUGUGGUGCAGCUUAAGAGUAAGAGGCAUACACCACUUAGUAAACUAAUGAAAGCCCAUGGUGAACAACAGGGUUUACACACCACAAUGUUGGAAAUGGAGGAUGUGGAUACAAUUGAUGUGUUCCAGCAGCAGACAGGACGGAUCUACUUAAAAAGAGAACCUGCUACUUUACUUUAA